UAAAGUGUGACGUGGCUCUUAGUGGCUCUUAGUGUAAAGUUCAAAGUUUUGGUUCAGUUCAUUGCAUUUUUGCAUUGAACUGAGUCUAUUUAUAAACAAAGCAACAAAGAGAAAGAGAGAACAAGAAACAACAAUGGGCGCUGCAACAGUUACACCAUCUUUUGCAACAGAAUUAGCAUCACCUGAAGUGAAAAUUACUGGCAUUUUCACCUAUCCAAUUAAAUCAUGCCGUGGAAUUUCUCUUCCUCAUGCUCCUCUCACUCCUUUUGGAUUUCGAUGGGAUCGCCAGUGGGUGGUUGUGAAUUCAAAAGGGAGGGCAUGCACGCAAAGAGUUGAACCAAAGCUUGCUUUGGUUGAGGUUGAACUUCCACAUGAAGCUUUUCUUGAACAUUGGGAACCUACCAUUCAUUCCUUUAUGGUGUUGAAAGCACCUGGAAUGAAACCUCUCAAAGUUUGCUUGAACAAACAGUAUGAAGUAGUAGAUGAUAUUACCGUCUGGGAAUGGAACGGCUCUGCAUGGGAUGAGGGAGCCGAAGCAUCGCAGUGGUUCUCGGAUUAUUUAGAAAAACCUAGUAAACUGGUCCGCUUCAAUACUGCUUCAGAAGUUAGGAAUGUAGACCCUGAUUAUGUUGAGGGACAGCAGCAGACCUUCUUCAGUGAUGGUUAUCCAUUCUUACUCUUAUCUCAGGAAUCCUUGGAUGCACUAAACAAGCUUCUAGAGGAACCGAUACCUAUGAAUCGUUUCAGACCAAAUAUCCUUGUUGAAGGUUGUGAACCAAAUGCUGAAGACUUGUGGAGAGAGAUCAAGAUAAGCAGGUUUUCAUUUCAGGGUGUCAAGCUGUGUGCCCGUUGUAAGGUACCAACGGUUAAUCAAGAGACAGCAAUAUUUGGCACUGAACCAACAAAAACUCUCAUGAAAGUUAGGUCUGGCCAUGUCUUGAGACCAAAUGAAAAUAACAAAAACAAGGUCUACUUUGGUCAACUUAUAGUGUGGAACUGGAAGAAUUCUUCUGCUAAAGGGGAUGGAAACGUGCUUAAAUUGGGAGAUCCUGUUUACAUCAAUAAAAAAUUCUCUUCUGCAUCAGAAGCAGCUGCUUAAAAGGCUACAAUUACACAAACAUCAUCAAACAUGAGUAUCAGUGGCUAUGAUGAAAUAAAGUGAUUACAUUUACAUGAUUGAUGAACAUUGCUUUGAGUAGUUGUAAAUUAUAAUGCAUCUAUUGUGUCUAGUAUCCAGUUAAUAACAUGACAAUAAGGAUUCAUGCAAACAAUAAAAAGUCUUUUUAAGUGUA